CUCCAACACUGAAAAAUGGCUAAAAUCUUUUUGUUAGCCACAAUGUUUCUUGCUAGCAGUGUGUUAACAAUAACUGCUACAGAUUGGAACAUUAUGAAUCAAAGAACCAGAACCAAGUCUGGUCUCCAGAUCACCUUAAAGAACUACUGUGAGAGUUGGAGAAUAAAUGUUGAGUUGAGCAACAUUCGUGAUUUCACCGUAGUUCCAUCAGAAUGUACGAGUUACAUCGGAAAGUACAUGACUGGGACCCAAUUCAAGGUUGAUUCAGAAGCCACCAUAGACGAAUGCACAUUAUAUCUCAACACCCUUUGUGAUCUAAAGAAAGAUGGCAAAGACGCUUGGAUCUUUGACAUCGAUGACACGCUAUUAUCAACCGUGCCUUACUACAAGAAGCAUGAUUAUGGUGGGGAGACGUUGAAUGUGACUGGUCUUGAAGAAUGGAUGGGCAAAGGGAAGGCGACAGCGAUGGAUUAUAGUCUAAACUUGUACAAUGAUAUUAAGAAAAGAGGAAUGCAAAUCAUUUUGAUUUCUUCUAGAAGAGAACAUCUUAGAUCAGCUACUAUUGACAAUCUUGUUGAUGCUGGUUUCUAUGGUUGGAAGAGUCUUUAUCUAAGGAGUGAGGAAAACGAAUGUAAAACGGUUCAGGAAUACAAGGCUGGUGUAAGGAAAGAGUUGAUCAACAACGGUUACCGCAUUUGGGGAAUAUUGGGAGACCAAUGGAGUAGUAUCAGAGGACAACCAACUGCUAGAAGAACAUUUAAGCUCCCAAAUUCUCUUUACUAUGUUGCUUGAACAUCUCCCUUCAUUUUUCUGCAUAUGCCUUCCAAAGCUGGUGGCUUUUUUUUUAUUUGUUUCCAAAUAUGUAUUGUGUACUUAUUGUUAUGUGAUCUUAUGUUUGGAUGAAUUUUAUAAUACGAGAAAAUGGACAUUUGAUAUUUUUGAUAAA